UGGUAUUUUGGACUCAAUAGCAAAUGAUUUAUUUUUUUAAAUAAGCAACUUGUCAGACGGCUUUUAUAUGGCUGAGUGAGCACAGACUCUUUUCCAUUGCUUUACUACACAUGCACAGACUCUCUUGGCUGACAACUGACCAACAGCAUUUAACAGUGUGUAAAAGUGACUUCUUUUCAAACUAACAUCCUGUGUGCUUUUGAUAUUUUCAAUUAUUCUCUGAGCUACACUCCAGAUUGGAAGUGUUGUAUAAUUUAUUUUCAAGAUGAAGUUUGAGAACAUACUGGCAGAGGUGAAUGGCUUUGGGAAAUUCCAGUUAAGGACGAUGCUCUUGAUGGUAAUUGCUCGUGUGACUUUGCCAUUUCACUUUCUGCUGAAUAAUUUCAUAGCGGUUAUUCCCUCUCACCACUGUGACGUCAGCUCUCUGGAUGAUGGGGUUGUUUUUAGGAAUUUAUCCCUGGCAGAGAGGCUUCUUGUUAGUAUUCCAAGCCAGGAGGAUGGGACUCCAAACUCCUGUCAGAUGUUUGCAGAGCCUCAGUAUCAUCUGCUGGUCAACUCUUCCAACAUUACUGACCUACUCACAGUGCCGUGUCAGAAUGGAUGGGUGUACGAUAACACCGACUUCAAGUCUACUGUGGUAACAGAGUGGAAUCUGGUUUGUGAUAAGAGAAGAGUGAACAGAGCCACAGCAACUAUAUUCUUCAUUGGAGUCAUGGUUGGAGCAGCAGUAUUUGGUUAUCUUAGUGACAGGUUUGGCAGAAAAAGAACGCUUCUGGCUUCCUACAUGAUAACCACCUUCUUUGGAUUUGCAAGUGCUUUCUCAUAUAAUUUCGCCAUGUUUGCUGUCAUGAGGUUCUUUACUGGAUUUGGAAUUUCUGGAAUAAGUAUAAUCACCGUAGUCCUCUGUAUUGAAUGGGUGGACAUUAAGCAUCGCACUGCAGUGGGUAUUUUAAUGAGUUUGGACUGGAGUAUUUCUACUGCUGUACUACCUGUUGUAGCCUAUUUUGUGAAUGAUUGGAGGUACCUGACCGCCACGGCAACCAGCCCACUGUUUCUGGCUAUGACCUGUUGGUGGUGGCUCCCCGAGUCUGCCAGAUGGCUGAUAAGCAAUGGAGAGUUAAAGAGUGCUCAUUUUUACUUGAACAAAUGUGCAGAAUUAAACGGCAGAAAGCAGUUCAUGGCUGACCUAAAGCCUGAGAGUCUGUCCACAGUGAUACUUGUAGACAAUGAAAAAAGAAAAUAUUCCUAUUUGGACCUUGUGAAGACCCCCAGAAUGAGGAAACUGGCUCUGCUUACUGGCAUUGUGUGGUUUGUAGUGGCCUGUACAUAUUACGGAAUCAGCCUGAACGUCACUGGCUUUGGUGUGAACAUUUAUCUCACACAGUUCAUCUACGGCGUAAUAGAAAUUCCUGCAAAAGCCUUCAUCUAUUUCAGCCUGGACAAAAUAGGCAGACGCUUGAAUCAGACUGGAACACUCAUUCUGACUGGUCUGUGUAUAUUCUGCAACAUGUUUAUCCCUCAAGAUAAGGGGCCAUUUCGGACAGCUGUUGGAGCUUUGGGUAAAAUGUUCGCUGAGGCAGCUUUCACAACUGUAUUUCUGUACACAACAGAGCUUUACCCCACUGUAAUGAGGCAAAAUGGAUUGGGUUACAGCUCCUUCAUGGCCCGUGUAGGUGUGUCUGUAUCUCCCCUGAUCAUUCUUCUUGAAGACGUGUGGGGCCAUUUACCGAGUGCUAUUUUCUCCCUGGUGGCUUUGGCUGGAGGUCUGGCUGCUUCUUUUCUUCCUGAGACAAACAACGUCCGUCUACCAGAGACUAUUGAGGACAUUGAACAGACAAGAAGAAGAUCAAUCUCCACAUCUGAGGAGAAAUCUCCACCCUAAAUGCUAUCUUCAUUGCACUUAAAGGCUCAUAAAUUGAGUAACAGGGAAUAUCAGUGGUGGUAAUAUGUUUCAACAAUAAAACAAUAAAGGAGCAAGUGUUUUUUACAUAUGCACAACCUGCGUGACUUUUUUCAAUAAAUGUGAUCAAAUAUUUCACCAUGA